UUCAAAUUUCCAACUGAAAAGUUCAAUACAAAGGAUAAGUCCGGAAAAAAUUUUAAAUUGCGAUAACGAAAAAAGUUGCUUCGUAAAAUGUCUCAAAGGAUACUUGGCUAUAGCUUUUUGAUUUGCGUUGGAUUGGUUCUCAUCGCGAGGGCUCAGAAUCCUCAAUUCAAAGGAGAGGAAAGCUGUGAAACUCUUACGUCGGAUAUUCACCUAAUCAAGGAGGAAUACGAUGAGCUGGGCAGGCUUCAAAGGACAUGUAGUGCUGAUGUGACUGUCAAUAAGUGCGAGGGGUUGUGUAAUAGUCAAGUGCAACCUUCUGUUAUCACUCCAACUGGAUUUUUGAAGGAAUGCUACUGUUGCCGCGAGAGCUAUCUGAAGGAGCGUUUAGUGACUCUGACACACUGUUACGACCCCGAUGGAAGUCGGUUGAUGGCAGCCGAAACUGCUACAAUGGAUAUUCGAAUUAGGGAACCUACUGAAUGCAAGUGUUACAAGUGCGGUGACUUCUCAAGAUAAACUGAAAUGUACAAUGGAAACUGUUUGUGGAAUAAAUGUUUGA